GGUCUCCACUUUCAAGACGGUGCCUCAUUGCUGCAUUCUUCUGAGGAAAGGAGCCCUCUGUCCUCACAUGACAGGAGGGAUAGAAAAGGCGAAAAGGGGUGAACUCCAUUUGGCUAGCCCUUUUAUAAGGGCAUCUAAUCCUAUUCAUGAGGGUGGAGCCCCUACAACUCAAUCACCUCCUUAAGGCCAUGCCUCUUGAUACUGCGACACAGGGGAUUAAAUUUCAACAUGAAUUUUGGAAGGGACAAAAACAUUCAAACCACGGCAGCCCCUUUGACAACUAGAGAGUUUAAGAGUAAGAUUGAAAGUUCAAGAGUGAUGAGAAAGAAAAUAAACUUUCCAUCUGAGGAAUGGGAGCCCCCUUUAAAUUAUCAGGCCCAGAGAGGCACUGAAAUGUGACAGCAGUCAAGUUCCAGUCAAGUUCCAAUCCCAUUAAGCUAAGUAAUUGUUUCAAAGUUGCCUGCCAUAAUGUCUCUAGACUGAGUGUUGCCACCGAUGGCUAUAAAUUAACCUAACAAUGCUGUACACUGGACAUCAUAACUCACUCCCCAUAGUUUAACAACGUACAGCCAAUAACUAAUCAAUGUUAUUUCUGUAAACAAGUGAGAAUUCCUAACAAGCAACUUUCGUUGUUACCCCUCUCCUGAUUAGUCCUUUCUUCUUUAAAACUGGAACGUCAACUUUGUUCCGCAGAGCACUUCCCAGGGUUUCCCAGGCUUCAGUCCUCAACCUUGGCCCAAAUAAAACUCCCUACCUAUAUUAAUUUUACCUCAGUUUCUUUUUUUAGGUCAACAAUGAGUAGGUCUGAGAAUGAGGAUAGAAGCUUAGAGCCAACAUAUCAAACACCUGGGUUGCAAUUGCUCUUGAGAACUCUCUACGGUCUGGAGUGGCUCCCUUUGUCUCCUGAUCCAGAGGCUGAGAUCCUUUUUUUUUAUUAUUUUUUAAAAUUUUUGUUAAGAGACAUAGUUUCUUUGUGUUACCCAAGCUAGAGAGCAAUGGCACAAUCCUAGUUCACUGCAAGCUGAAAUCCUUUAUAGUAGGCCUGACCUCAUGGCUCUGUCAGCUUAAAAACUAACCUUUCUACCCAGUAGCAGCUUCCUUCCAGAAGCUAGAUCCUUUUUAGCCUUGAUGAACCCCUUGUUGUUAAAAUGCACAAUUCAAGCACAGGCGUAUCUGCUAAACUUGCCUGCUGCUCAUAGCAUUUUAUCUCCUUUGUGAGUAAUCAGACAUCAGCACUCAGACCUGUCAGUGGCACAGCCACGGAUGUUUACCCAUAUUGUCAUCUUCAUGUGGAAAUAGAGAAGUUGCAGCUUUCGAAGGUGAAGUCAUCUGUCUGAUGCCACACAGUAAUAAAUCUGUAUAUUUAAUCUAUGUUUCCAAUGCCAGAGCUAAUACUGUUCACCUCACACUAACCUGCUUUCAGAAAAAUAAUAGUGGAUGUCAGGCAAGUUUAUAGUUUGAGUGCCUUUUGGCCUCCUUGGAAAUCCAAAUAUUUCACUCCUUAGAAAUCCAAAUAUUCAGGGAAAUAGUGCCUGAAAUCCCACUCUUCCAGUUCAAUUCCUUUGGCCUGGCAUUUAAGGCCCCCAUUACCCCCGAUCUAAACUCUCAUUCUUACUGUUUGAAGAUCUCUUCUAUCUAGCUCUCUUUAUUGUCAAACUAAUGUGUCUGCUUCCCCCCAUCACCUCACUCUGUUAGACUUUCCUGCCUCUCUGUCCAAGUUCAUGAACUUGUCUCUACCUGGCAAACUCUAAUAAUUGCCAGCUGUAAAUGCUUAACAGCUAUUUGCUAGAAAAAUUAAUUUCUUUGCACUCAGCAUUGCUCUAGGAAUCUUCUUUUAAAAUGCAAACAUAAUACACAUAUCAAGAUAAGAAGCACGCACUCCAUACUGUUUACGACGACUUUUGGAGAAGGGUCUGGGGAAACGUGAGGGGAGUGUGGGGCUGUAGGAGAUAUACUUCCUACAUUUUACAAUUAAGAGAGUGGAGAAUAGGGAAAUUGAUGGAGGGGGUAAUGGGUGGCGUUUAUGGAAAACUUGUUAGCCGGAAAUGGGUGUUGGGGAGUGACUUUAAAAAACUGGACUAUGACAAUGACAACGAACCUUUAUAGUGAGCCUGUUGUUUUUAUAGUGUCCUUCCUUCGUUCAAAUUAUCUAAAGCUUCACAGUGAUCCUCUUAGCUUAUUACUUCUCAUCUUACAGACGUGGAAACUGAGGAGAAGUAAGUGUAAGGUCACGCCGCUGGUAGAGUAGAGGGCGAAAUCCAGAUCUCUUGGCUCUGGAAGCUUGAAAUCAAACACAAAAAGGAAAAAAUCAAAGGCGGUCUGGAAGGCACAGGAAAGAGGAGCGUCCUGAUUCUUUGUUCAGUCUGGACCAGUGGGAGAGGGAAGCAGUCUGUGGCAAGUCGGAGGUGGGACGAGGACGAAGACUGGGUUUGGGUUGGAGAGCCCCUGUCUGCUGAGACCCUUCACUGCAGUCUCCUCCGCUUGCUUCGCGGAGCUCAGGAAACGCGGCGUGUCUUGGCCCCGCGCGGCCGCCGUAGAGUCCCCGUUGCCAUGACUCCUGAAUUCCAAUGGCGACGCACUGAGGAGUGGAGGUGACGGGUGAAAAGCGUCCUUCGGGGUCCGGGUCCGGCUUGCGGGGCCAGCGAACUGGAGAGGCGCCAUGGGCUGGAUCACAGAAGAUCUUAUUAGACGGAAUGCUGAACACAAUGACUGUGUCAUUUUUUCCCUGGAGGAACUCUCCUUGCAUCAGCAAGAAAUAGAAAGACUAGAACACAUUGAUAAAUGGUGCCGAGAUUUAAAAAUUCUCUAUCUUCAAAAUAAUCUUAUUGGGAAAAUUGAAAAUGUUAGCAAACUCAAGAAACUUGAAUAUUUGAAUUUAGCUUUAAACAACAUUGAAAAAAUAGAAAACUUGGAAGGAUGCGAAGAGCUGGCAAAACUUGACUUGACUGUAAAUUUCAUUGGAGAGCUGAGCAGCAUUAAAACCUUGAAGCACAAUAUCCAUCUGAAGGAGCUCUUUCUCAUGGGGAACCCAUGUGCUUUCUUUGACCACUAUAGAGAGUUCGUGGUAGCAACUCUUCCACAAUUAAAGUGGUUGGAUGGUAAAGAAAUAGAGCCUUCAGAAAGGAUUAAGGCAUUGCAGGAGUAUUCAGUAAUUGAACCACAAAUCAGAGAGCAGGAAAAAGAUCACUGUCUUAAACGAGCCAAACUCAAGGAAGAGGCUCAGAGGAAACACCAAGAAGAGGAUAAAAAUGAAGACAAGAGAAGUAAUGCAGGCUUUGAUGGACGUUGGUACACAGACAUCAAUGCUACUCUUUCCUCUUCAGAGAGCAAAGACCACCUACAGGCACCAGACACAGAGGAACACAACACGAAGAAAUUAGACAACAGUGAAGAUGACUUGGAAUUCUGGAAUAAGCCCUGCUUGUUUACUCCUGAAUCGAGAUUGGAAACUCUUAGACACAUGGAAAAACAACGGAAAAAUCAGGAAAAAUUAAGUGAAAGAAAGAAGAAAGUGAAACCACCCAGGACUUUGAUCACUGAAGAUGGGAAAGCCCUAAAUGUAAAUGAGCCCAAAAUUGACUUCUCUUUGAAAGACAAUGAAAAGCAGAUCAUCCUGGACCUUGCUGUCUAUAGGUAUAUGGAUACCUCUUUAAUCAAUGUUGAUGUGCAACCAACUUACGUGCGAGUAAUGAUCAAGGGAAAGCCAUUUCAGCUUGUCCUUCCUGCAGAAGUGAAACCCGAUAGUAGUUCUGCUAAAAGAUCUCAGACAACAGGUCAUUUGGUCAUCUGCAUGCCCAAGGUAGGAGAAGUAAUCACAGGUGGUCAACGAGCAUUCACAUCUGUGAAAACUACCUCGGACAGGAGCAGAGAACACAUAAACACAAGAAGCAAGCACAUGGAGAAACUAGAAGUAGAUCCUAGCAAGCACUCAUUCCCUGAUGUGACUAACAUAGUUCAAGAGAAAAAACACACACCCGGAAGACGACCUGAACCCAAAAUUCUACCAAGCGAGGAAGACCCAACCUUUGAAGACAACCCUGAAGUGCCUCCGCUGAUUUGAACUAUCUGGCUGCAUUGCCACUGGCUGAGACCCACCAGGUCCAGUUUUGGUUGGUGUAGAGACCACAUGCAUAUUAUUCCUGGGAUUCACACAGAGUUAUUUGUCAAUAUUGCUACUCCAGUGUUUUAACUUACUUUGCAUAGUAAUAUCCUUAAGCUAGCUUAAAAUUAAAAUGUAUGUCUUAAAUGCUAUAACUCAUCAUUUGCCUAUAAUAAAGGGUUGGUAUUGAAAAUGUUUAGUAAGAUCAUAGAACUAUUGCAUAAAACAUUGAUUAUAAAUCCCAAAAUUGUCUACUUAUACAAAGUAUUAAUUCAUAGAUAAAAGGACUGAGUAUUAAAUUGGUACUUCAGCAAAUUG